CUGACACACCGCCAAAAUGGCUUUCGUUAAACAAGUGAAGAGCAGCCCUUACUUUUCACGCUUCCAAACGAAGUACCGCCGUCGUCGUGAAGGUAAGACUGAUUAUUAUGCUCGUAAGCGUAUGAUCUCUCAAGCCAAGAACAAGUACAAUGCUCCCAAGUACCGUUUGGUGGUCCGUUUCUCCAACCGUUUCGUGACCUGCCAAGUUAUCUCUUCUAGAGUCAACGGUGACUAUGUUCUUGCUGCUGCUCACUCUUCUGAGCUUCCUCGCUACGGCAUCAAGUGGGGUUUGGCUAACUGGUCUGCUGCUUAUGCUACCGGUCUUUUGGUCGCUCGUCGUGCUCUCAUCAAGAUUGGUCUUGCUGACAAGUAUGAGGGUAUCACUGAGCCCGAAGGUCAAUUUGAGCUCACCGAAGCUAUGGAAGACGGCCCCCGUCCCUUCAAGGUUUUCUUGGAUGUCGGUUUGAAGCGUACCUCUACCGGUUCCCGUGUCUUCGGUGCUAUGAAGGGUGCUUCCGAUGGCGGUUUAUACGUUCCUCACUCUCCUAACCGUUUCCCCGGUUUCGACGUUGAGACUAAGGAAUUGGAUGACGAGACUGUCCGCAAGUAUAUCUACGGUGGUCACGUUGCUGAAUACAUGGAAAUGCUUAUUGAUGAUGAUGAAGAGCGUUUCCAAAAGCAAUUCUCUGGCUUGAUUGCUGACGGUAUUGAGAGCGACCAACUUGAGGACAUCUAUGCUGAGGCUUUCGCCAAGAUCCGUGAGGAUCCCUCUGCCCAAAAGAGCAGCAAGGACGUUUCUGCUAUGAAGGCCGAAUCUCUCAAGUACAAGCAAAGAAAGCUUUCUGGUGCCGAGCGCAAGGAGCGUUUCAAUGCCAAGGUUGCUGCUGCUGGUCGUGUUUAAAUGCAUUGCUACUAAUAAAAAUAAAUUUCUCGUUCUGUGCUAUCAUGAAUGUUGUAGAUGUAGAAAUGACAAUUUAUCAAGCCCUAUAUAGGAAACGAAUUUACUGAACAUGUAAUAGGGGUUUAUGAUACCGAAGUAUAGAAAAAUCUUAUUUUAUGAAGAUUAUUUCUUCUAUUGAAAAUUUUUAAAGAUAGAGAAACCAAACCCAGAACUCGUUUGCAAUGAAUGAAUAAGGAAACUUGUUAGUAGCAAAAUAUUAAGAAUAAGGAAAACAUUGAAG